UAUAUAUAUAUAUAAUAUAUCAGUUUAUCUCUCUCCGCUUUUCUGAUUCAAGCUCCUAUUUUCUCGUUAUCUUUGUGGCUGUGUGAUUAAACCUGGAACUGAAAUUUCGUACACUUUCUUCAUCAUCAGUAGCUACCGCUGCGAAGGAUUCUAGCGAAGGUGGUAGCUUCGUAGAAUGCUAGAUAAACCCACUGUUAAAACCAACGUCUUGGAAUGAAUCACCUCACCUGUUCUACUUUGAAUGCAUCUAAAUAGUCGAUCAAACCCUUAAAUCACAUUUUCUGUUUUCCAGCCCUAAAAUUCAACAAUUUUAUGUCUUAGUUUGAUGACGACCCUACGACGAAGACAGAUUUCGGCCUCUUCUUCUAUAAAUUCUCCACCACCUUCGUCAUCCUCGUCGUGGAUUCAAUUAAGAUCUGUUUUAUUUGUAUUAUCUUCCUCUUCACCAGUUUCUUGUUCCUACCCAUCUGAAAAGGUCCAUCUCAAAUCACCAUGGUCACGCAGGAAGAAGAAAACCCCCCUUUCUCCUCGUCAAUGGAGGAGUUUGUUUACUCAGGACGCAAAGUUACGCGAUGGUGGUUUGAGAUUUUUGAGAAAAGUUCGAAGUGCGGGUAUUGAUCCCACUAUCAGGGCAGAGGUUUGGCCAUUCCUACUUGGAGUAUAUAACUUGAAUAGUUCGAAAGAAGAAAGGGAAACAUUACGCAGCAAGAAGAGGAAUGAAUACGAAAAACUGAGAAAACAGUGUCGACAAUUUCUGAAACUGAAAGAAACUGGUCGGGUCCUAUACAGUCACGAGGAUAGAUUGAAUUUAUAUCAAGAUUUAAAUUCUCCUGAUUCCGAAGAUGUGGUUAGUGCCAGGGAAUCUCUAUCCAGUGAGGAAAUGAUCUCAUAUUUUAACUCCAAUGAUCAUUUUGAAAAUUUACAUGAAGAAGAGCAAAUCUCAUCGGAUUCUGAAUCAUCUGACGAUCAAGAAGUUAACGAGAUACAUCCUUCUCCUACUAAUACAGAGGUCAGGUCAGAACUAUACACCCCCGAUGAUUUUGCCACGUGGCAGCGAAUCAUUCGCUUAGAUGCAGUUCGUGCGAAUGAAGAGUGGACAGACUAUUCCCCUGUUCAGGCAACUAUAUCUAACGAAAGGGCACAUCGUGCUGCCAAGGCUGUCGGGCUAAAGGACUAUGAUCAACUCGAACCAUUCAGAAUCUUUCACGCGGCUCGUCUAACCGCCAUUCUGGAGGCCUAUGCAAUUUACGACCCCGAGAUCGGUUACUGCCAAGGCAUGUGCGAUCUUCUUUCUCCAAUAAUAGCUGUAAUAACUGAGGAUCAUGAUGCGUUUUGGUGCUUCGUCGGUUUCAUGAAGAAGGCUCGACAUAAUUUCAGGCUGGAUGAGUUAGGCAUCAUGAGGCAAUUGGUUUUUGUUUCGAGAAUAAUCCAACUUAAAGAUUCUCAUCUUUACCGACACUUGGAGAAACUGGAGGCGGAGGAUUGUUUCUUCGUUUAUCGUAUGGUGGUGGUACUGUUCAGAAGGGAGCUUAGUUUCGACCAGACAAUAUGUCUUUGGGAGGCAAUGUGGGCUGAUCAGGCAGCAAUAAGAGCUGGAAUUGGGAAAUCUAGUUGGAACAAGAUAAGGCACCGGGCCCCACCCACGGAUGAUUUGUUAUUAUACACGAUCGCAGCCUCAGUGUUGCAGAGGCGGAAACAGAUCAUCGAGAGAUACAAAAGUAUGGAUGAUAUUGUAAGGGAGUGUAAUAAUAUGGCUGGAAAUCUUGAUGUUUGGAAGCUAUUAGACCAUGCACAUAAUCUUGUGGCGACUCUCCAUGACAAGAUAGACCCUUGUCGUCGUGCCAUUUGAAAUCGAUUCGGUUAUUAAUUUCAAUUUUAUCGACAACAAUAUUCUCUAGGUAAGCAAGCCUUAACGGAUUUACUUUGAACAGCAGGGUAAAGCUUAUUGUCUUUUUUUAAUAUUUUUUUCUUCUGAUUUGUUUGGAAGAACAUGCAUGUUAACUGCUAUUGUGGGCAUUGUGAUACUUAGGUUCAUUAAAACAGUAGACAGUGCUGCCUGAAAUUUUAUUUACAAUUCUUGGCCAGAACAAGUUUAGGCCAUUGACAAUUUGACUAUAAAAUUGAUUCAAGAGCCUCUUAUGUUAUGCUAAUUUUCUAUCAACAACUCAAUGUUGUUAAUUGCUU